GAUCGCCGGUCGGAUACGCGGCCAAUCCGCGAAGCCCGGCCGUCCGGCCGGCCGGCGUAGCAGCCGACCUUGGUCUUGGUUUUACAUUACUUUCCACCCGAGGGCAUAUUUAUCUUUUUUUUUUUAUCUGCAAUGAUUCUGAGACGUUGUCUAGUUUUCCAGCCCACAGUGAGUCUUGGAGCUCUGCGGUGUACACGUUGGCUCUCAAAAAUGGCUUCCAAGAGAACGAAGCUUAACGAUGAAGAGAGGAAGACCAGCCUCACACCCCUGAUUGAUGCUGGCUGGACACAGGUCAAAGACCGUGAUGCAAUAUACAAGGAAUUUCUAUUUAAAAAUUUCAACCAGUCGUUUGGCUUCAUGACACGUAUAGCAAUGCAAGCCGAGAAGAUGGAUCACCACCCGGAGUGGUUCAAUGUCUACAACAAGGUCCAGAUAACUCUCAGCACCCACGACGUCGGCGGCCUUUCCAACAACGACAUCAAGCUUGCCAACUUUAUUGAAGUCGCUGCCAAGAGCGUGACUGCUUAGUGGUUGUCAAGAAGCUUGUGAAUUUCACCUAACAAAUGUGCCAACUGUGUGCGUAAAGCAAAGAAUUUAACAUUGUCACAAUUAUUGUCUCAAUAAAAGGAUCACGCACCAACAA